GGCGGCUCCAGUUGUUCACCGGGGGAACAGCUGGGCAUUUCAAGCAACUGGGCAGGUGUGAUUGGCUGCCACGAUAAUCUCACGGCUGUGCAAAUCUGACUGCCGCCACCAUCACGGCUGGCCAGCAUUAUCACCACCGAGUUUAGAAGUGCAAACAGUGCAAUAGUCCCUGGAAAACCUGACACUACAAAUACAGCAGACAGACCAGCGCUCAGAUGAAUAAAAGAAUGGACUAUAAUACCCUCAGUCUGGGAGCAACCGCACCAGGCGCAACAGAGAGGUCUCAGCACGGGACCCUUAGGGUGGCCAAGUUUCAGGGUCGAAAGGACAGGUGCAGAAGGGUGCAAGAGAUACGGGCAGCAGGGCAGGAGUGAGGGAGCACGGGCCACAUUGCGGACUGUUGCUUGCGGCUAGCCGGGAAGUAUCGGGACCCACUUUCAAAUUUUCAAGCAACCCCAGCUCGCCCCGGCCGGCCUGCUGCACAGGCCAGCGCCAGGCCAAGGAAGGCCAGGAGGACUGAGCUGGCCUGGACUGGAUUUAUUUUCUCGCACUUGUUGUCUUCAACUCCCUUCCCGCCGGCCUAGAGGAUUUCCAUCUUUCCUUCCCUUCCUUUUCUCUUUCUCCUAUCCAUCUCCACUCCAUCAUCAAAGAACUUUAGCAUCUUUGAUCAGUCAGACAUCCAAAAUGUCGCCCAACGACAAUGUCAAGGUCUUGGGCAUGCCCCCCUUCGUGGCGGACUUCUUGAUGGGUGGUGUCUCUGCCGCCGUCUCCAAGACCGCCGCCGCUCCCAUUGAGCGUAUCAAGCUCCUCAUCCAGAACCAGGAUGAGAUGAUUAAGCAGGGUCGUCUGGACCGCAAGUACAACGGCAUUGUUGACUGCUUCCGUCGUACCGCCGCCGAUGAGGGUGUCAUGGCCCUGUGGCGUGGCAACACCGCCAACGUCAUUCGUUACUUCCCUACCCAGGCCCUGAACUUCGCUUUCCGCGACAAGUUCAAGAAGAUGUUCGCCUUCAAGAAGGAGAAGGACGGUUACGCCAAGUGGAUGGCUGGUAACCUGGCCUCCGGUGGUGCCGCUGGUGCCACUUCCCUGCUCUUCGUCUACUCCCUUGACUACGCCCGUACCCGUCUUGCCAACGAUGCCAAGUCCGCCAAGAAGGGUGGUGAGCGUCAGUUCAACGGUCUCGUCGACGUCUACCGCAAGACCCUCGCCUCUGACGGUAUUGCCGGUCUGUACCGUGGUUUCGGUCCCUCCGUCGCCGGUAUCGUCGUCUACCGUGGUCUCUACUUCGGCAUGUACGACUCCCUGAAGCCUGUCCUGCUCACCGGUACCCUCGCCAACAACUUCCUCGCCUCUUUCGCCCUUGGUUGGACUGUCACCACCGGUGCCGGUAUUGCUUCCUACCCUCUCGACACCGUCCGUAGGCGUAUGAUGAUGACCUCUGGUGAGGCCGUCAAGUACUCUUCCUCCUUCGAUGCCUUCAAGCAGAUCGUCGCCAAGGAGGGUGUCAAGUCCCUGUUCAAGGGUGCUGGCGCCAACAUCCUGCGUGGUGUCGCCGGUGCUGGUGUGCUGUCCAUCUACGAUCAGCUCCAGCUCCUCCUCUUCGGAAAGGCCUUCAAGGGUGGUUCCGGCUAAGCGCUUCACCUCAAGCUCUCAAGCGCGCUUCCAUCUCUCCCACUGUACAAAAAGUAGCACUCGUGCGACGGUUGGAGGGGUAAUCGGGGACGACAGUUAGGUGACAACUUCCUUUGGAUGCAAAUGACUGGACUGGGUCAAAUACAAAAAGGAGCGAGAUGAUAGAUCUGGUGGAGGGGCCGUGGCCUCCUGCCGCCGCUGCCAUGCGGCGCGGAGGAGCCAGCCUCGGCUCGCGGUCUGGGUUUUUGAGCAUGCCUGGCGUUUACAUAGUGAUGAGUCGUCUGGGUGGCUUUUAGACCCUCCGUUGUAAUUUACAAGAGUUCUUCCC